AUGGCCACGCCCCAUGUGAGCGGGCUCAUGGCACUUCUAAAGAGGGUCAGCGCUGAUGACGACAGCCUCCACCCGAGACAACAGCGGGGGGCACAUCCUGCUGCCCUCUACGCGACAGGCGUUGGCCACGUCGACUUGGCCAGGGCCAUGGACCCUGGCCUGGCCUACGGCAUCGACAAAGCACAGUACAUAGGCUACUUGUGCUCCAACUUGGGCGAGAUGGCGAUGCGGCCCGUUAGCCGCAACAGCUCCGGUCUGUGCUCCGAUCAUGAAGGUGUGCCCCAAGAACAACUCAACUAUCCAAGCAUCGUCGUGACCUUGUUCCAGCAGCAGCAGCUCGUGGUCAGGACACUGACCAACCUGCAAACCGGAGGUGUACAAGGUGGCGGUGGCCAUGCCCAGUUUGGUGUUGGUCGACGUGGAACCCGCCGAGCUCACUUUCACGUCGCUGAGACAGAAGCAGUCCUACUCCAUCUGAGUCGCCCCGAUACCCAAGUUAUAUUAUUCAUUGGUAUGCAGCUGUAA